CCCACCCCCCCCUCCCCAUAGGCCAGGGAGGGGCCCGCCAUGCCCCAAUUGGCUCCCUCAGCUGCUCGUCAUGCCCUUGGGGUAUUUAAGCUGGGCGAGGCCCAGUCCUACCUGUGCUGCUGGUGCUGCUGGAGCUGUGCAGGCAGGAUUGUAGUUCACUUGAGGAAACUGAAGUUGUACUCUGUGACUACUUCUAACCUUUCAGCUGCAGUUGACUUCACUAUGGCAUCAAAGAAGACCACGCAGAAUCUGCCAGAGGCUGAGGACCAGCAGCAAGAGAGCGCUGUCGAUCGGGUGACCAGCCUGCCCUUGCUCAAUUCCGCAUUCAACCUGGUCUCGUCUGCCUACAACCACACCAAGGAGACCCAUCCUUGCCUCAGCGGCGUCUGCAAUGUGGCUGAGACUGUGGCUGCUGUUGCAGUAGGGAGUGUGGUCGGUGGGGCACAGCCCAUACUGAACCAGCUGGAGCCACAAAUUGCACUCGUAAAUGAAUAUGCUUGUAAAGGAUUGAAUCAGCUGGAGGAGAACUUGCCUUUCCUUCAACAGCCAGCAGAUAAGGUAAUCUCAGACACCAAGCAGCUGGUUUCCACCAAAGUGAUAUCUGCCAUGGAUGCCGCCUGUGAGGCGAAAGAAGCAGUGGCUGAUAAAGUGACUGAAGCUGUGGAUCUCACAAAAAAUGUUGUUGGGGACAGCGUUAAGCUGACCAGGUCAGUGGUGGCCUCCAGUGUUAGCAGUGCUGUGGAGGCCGCCCAGGGUGCCAAGGACCUCAUGACCAACAAGGUGACUGAAGCAGUGGACCUCACUAAGCACAUCGUGGAGGACAGCAUUGGCCUGACCAAGUCUGCGGUGGCAUCUACUAUUGUCAAUGCUGUGGAGGCUGCUCAGGGGGCCAAGGAGCUCAUGACCAACAAGGUGACAGAGGCCGUGGACCUGAGUAAGCACAUCGUGGAGGACAGCAUUGGCCUGACCAAGUCUGCGGUUGCUUCCACGAUUGUCAAUGCUGUGGAGGCCGCCCAGGGCGCCAAGGAACUGGUGACCAACAAGGUGACUGAAGCAGUAGACCUCACUAAACACAUCGUGGAGGACAGCGUUGGGCUGACCAAGUCUGCGGUUGCUUCCACUAUUGCCAGUGCUGUGGAGGCUGCCCAGGGUGCCAAGGAGCUCAUGACCAGCAAGGUGACAGAGGCUGUGGACCUGAGUAAGCAGAUUGUGGAGGAGAGCGUUGGACUGACCAAGUCUGCAGUGGCAUCUACUAUUGUCAAUGCUGUGGAGGCCGCCCAGGGGGCCAAGGAACUGGUGACCAACAAGGUGACAGAGGCAGUGGAUCUAACUAAAGUGGCUGUUCAGGAUAGUGUUGAGAAGACCAAAUCAGUGGUCACUUCUACGGUCAAUACAGCCCUGGAUGCUGCGUUUAACACCAUAACUAGCAAAAUAAACACAGCCCUUGAGCAGAGCAGAGAGGCCAUCCAGGAGAGUGUGGAGAUAACUAACACAGUGGUGAACAACAGUGUAAGCAAAGCCAGGGCGGUGGGCCAAGCGGUGGCAGGUGGUGUAGAAUCUGUCCUGGGCAUAUCAGAAGAUCUGGUGGAUCAAUACCUCCCCAUGACACAAGAGGAACUAGGUAAACUUGCCGCUGCUGAGGGAUUUGGUAUGGCUUCUGUGGAGGAGCAGAAACAGCAGCAGAGUUACUUCGUUCGUCUGGGUUCCCUCUCUAACAAAGUCCGCCACAGAGCCUACCAGCACUCCCUGAACAAGCUGCAGCAUGUUAAGCAAAGACUCCAGAACACACUCUCGCAACUACAGCUGGCAAUAAACUUGAUUGAAUCUGUGAAAAAGGAGGUUGGCCAGAAGCUUCUGGAUGCUCAAGAGAAGCUCCAUCAGCUGUGGGUGGACUGGAGCCUGACCCAACCCAAGGGACCCCAGGUUCAAACAGCCUCCCAGGCAGAGCAGAUAGAAUCACGGACUUUAACUAUGCUGCAUAUCAUCACCCAGCAGCUACAACGUGCUUAUGAGAACCUGAAAGUCAGCAUCCAUGGCCUCCCCAGCAACAUUCAAGAAGCUGUGCAUCAGGCCACUCGAAAUAUCCGGAAGCUCCACACUUCUUUUUCCAGUGCUAAGUCCUUCCACGACCUGUCUAGCACCACCCUGGCUGAGAGUCGGGACUAUGUGGUAGAAGCCCAAAGAUCUCUAAAUGACCUGCUCCAGUAUGUAACUCAGAACAUCCCUCUUAACUGGCUGGUGGGUCCCUUCAGGGCAAGAGUGAAAGAGGAUAGCAGAAAGGAGAAGAAAGAUGCAACUGAGAUAAAAUGUCCUGCCUUGGAAAAGGCUGCUACAUCAGAGGAGGUGGCUAAGAUGCCUGAAGAACCAAAGGGAGCAAAAACAAUUCUGGAGGAAGUGUGUGAAGUGCUAGAGAAGAUAGAAGAGAAGCUAGAGAGAGACAUGGAGGUGGAAAUGGAGGUUGCAUUGGCUGCAAAGGAGCUAGUAACUAAUGCACCAAAGGAAGAUCUCUGAAAAAUUCCAUCCUCUCUGGCCAAGGCCCCUUGGCUAGAACAUGACUUGGUCUUUUAAUCUUGCACCCAACUGCUGAUCAUGCCAGGAGUGCCUGUCCCAGGCUGAGCGUACAGUAAGAUGUAGUUUGCGAGACUUGAUAAUCAAGCAGGGGUGAUUCCAUAUCUUGAUUUUAUUUUUUUUAAGCAUGCUGCUCUGAAAGGGGAGUUGGAGGGCCUGUCCUUGGUCAUGACCAAAGGACAUGGUUGUCCUUUGACAACCAUGACGCUGCCCCUUGGGCUGACCAAAUGUUGGUCAGCACAGCUGUGUGUGAGUGGCUAACUCUGGGUGAGAAGUGAUCUCAAGUUAGUUUUAAUGGUGGGUUUUUAAUGAAUUCAUCCAAGCUGUGGAGAUUUUAAAGAGGAUACUGCACUUGACCUUUAGUAGAGUUUCCCUCCUACAAGUUUAAAACUACACACUACAGACACUACUUCCUUUCUGGCUGUUGUGCUUCCUGAGAAGCUGAGCCCUGCAGUAGACCAGGAACAGCUGGGAGCAAGAGGCUUCUUCUCAAAAGAGACUUCUCAGCAAAACAGGUGGUUUUUCACAGAAGAAACACUUGGCAAGGUGGGAUUUUUCUUUUAAGGGUGCCAAUUUGCAGUGGGACUGUCUUUCCUAGUCAUGUAAGUGAUUUCAGGAAUCCUCUGUGUGUAACUCUGUCAGUGAUGUGUUUUGCGGCUUUUGCCAGGAGUUAUUCUGCUGUGUUUAUAGAUAUUCAGUCAUUAAAAUAGAGAUAGAUACUGCUAUUUUUUCCAAGCAAACAAUACCUUGUAGUCAUCUGUAAUACAACUUAUUUUGUCCUGGUAUGGCACCAUUGCUAGAAUUAGAGUAAUGGCAAAGAGGCUUCAAAAUAAAGCUUGAACUGCUGUCAAAUAAAUGCGUUUCUUCUGUCUGUAAAGCUGCAGCAUCGCGAUCUUUCCCUUAGCAGUGGGGGGUGGGAAGCUUGCGUUUAACAACUCCCUUCUCAUUAUUUUAACCCAAAUGCUCUUAGUGGGUCUACUGU